UCUAUUCUAUCCCAUACCGUCCCCCCCCCGCCAUUCAAUGCAACUGCGACAAGGCGCCCUGCUUGACCAAUUCUCACCAAUGCAGUCGGUCCUCGCCUUGAGUCCACGCCUCGAACCCUCCGUCCGAGUACAGAUCGUUCCCUCGCAUCGCGACCUUCGCAACACUCCUCCAACCGCCGCGUCUUGAGGACGCCGGCAUACACAAUCAUUUCCAGAUUCGCGCGCUUUUUUUAUUCUUUUCACCAUGUUGAGACCGGCGACCCCUUUGACGAUCCUGCUGUUCGCAGCAUUCGUCCUGCUGCUUAUAUCCGUCAUCUCGACCCCAAUCGUCAAGCAGAUCCCCCUGGCUUCAUAUGGCGGCUAUGAUUUUGGCGUUUUCGGAUACUGCAAAGGGGAUACGUGCAGUAAUGUCGAGGUUGGAUACAAUACUGCCAAACUCUUCAGCGAUUCCCAAACCAAGAGCUUCGAUAUUCCAACCGACACAAGAACAACCCUCUCGGCGAUUCUUAUCGUGCACCCCAUUGCGGCCCUCUUUACCCUUAUCAUGCUCGUUCUCGCAGCCGCUGCCCAUUUUCGUUCACCUUCACACUCUCCUAGAUACCUUCUGGGAGUCUUCAUCCUAAGCAUCUUGACAUUGCUCCUUUCCCUACUCUCUUUUCUUAUUGAUGUCCUGCUGUUUAUACCCCAUAUGGCAUGGGGAUCCUAUAUUGUCUUAGCAGCUACCAUUCUCAUCGCUGUGAGCGGCGUUGUCUCCUGUGCAAUGCGACGGACCUUGGUCAGUCGAAAGGCCCGCAAACGUCGUAUCGCGGAGAAUGCAGAAAUGAACGGGGAAAACUACUAUAAUCGCCAAGGGACGUCUGCUCCUAUCACUCCUAUGGUCAGCAAUUACGUGGACAAGGGAGAUUCAGGCGUUGACAAGUUGCCGUCUUUUGCUACUUUUGAGAUGAAGAAGCCUGAGGAAGACAGGACUAGUGAUGAACGCAUCCCCUUAACGACGAAAACUUCCGAAACCUCCCCGAAUUCCACGCCAGGAGGUCCCUCAAUGGCACCGCGCGAUCCAACUCUACCCACGGAUCAAUAUGGCAAUGCUCUGCCCAUGCCUCCUCUAGGCUCACGUGAAAUUCCAAGUCGAGACCCGUCAGCCGACCCAUCAUUAAGUCGUCAGUACUCUGAUACAUCCAUCAAUUCAAGAGGAAGAGGAAUGCCUUAUAGGGGGAGGGGCGGCUUCCCUCCUGGCCGAGGUGGGUAUGGCCCGCCCCCUAGAGGGGGUUAUGGCCCACCCCCGAAUGGUAGAGGGGGGUAUGGUCCACCUCCAAAUGGUAGAGGGGGAUAUGGCCCACCCCCGAAUGGCAGAGGGGGGUAUGGUCCACCCCCAAAUGGUAGAGGGGGAUACAGGGGAGGCUAUGGAUUUCCAAAUGGCCGCGGUGGAUAUGGACCGCCCGGACCCUAUCGAGGACCGCCCAUGGGUGUGCAGAUGGGUCCGCCCAUAAAUGGUGAGAUUAUGGCAGGUCCAAUGCCUAUGAUGAGAGGCAGAGGAGGCAGAGGGCCACCGCCGGGAUAUGGACGUGGCGGUUAUGACAGAGCAAUGUCCCCACCAGGCCGCCCCUAUAGUCAAUACGGACAGGGACCUCCGCAACCUGAGGGUGAUGUGUACGGUAGGAAUGCUUCCCCUCGGCCGCCUCCUCCAGCUGGCGAAUACCGAGCAUAUAAUCCUCCGGAGGCUCGCGAUUCCCUUCCAAGAGCCGAAACACCCCCACCGCUACCAGAAAUUGAGCAGGAGGGGCCCGUAGGUCAAGCUAUUGAGAUGGAUGCAACAACAGGCAGCCCUUCCCACGCACCAGAUGGAUUCGGCACCCAAUUUGGACAAUUGAGGGACAGUGAUGGAGAUGUUGCCGGCAUGGUUGGACUUCAACAACAGCGUCAACAUCUGCAGGUCCGUCCAGAUACUGCUAUGACGGAUGGAAGUAGAUACAGUACGGACGAACCUUCCGGACCAUCACGUCAGCCAUCCGCAGAAGGGGAGCGGCGUGCUCCUCUGAACCAAACUUCCGAAGCAACCGAACUCGCAACCGCAGGGCCUUCAGAUCAAAGGCGAGUCAGUUCAGGAGGUGACAAUUAUUACGAAGAUGUCGCUCCUCAGUUUGCGGAAGAGCCACCCGCGGCCUCGUCCCCUGUUCCGACUCCCUUGGGACAACCAUAUCGCUCGAAUCGUCGCUCGAAUAAUAAUCUUCAACCCCUUGCGCUUGGUGGACCUGGUGGUAGUCAGUCUUAUGAAGAUAUUUACUCUGGCUCUCGCAGCCCGGCGGAGUCAGACCUGUCAAAUUUUACUUCUGUAUCUCAACGUGGGAUCAAUCCUAGAUGGAAUGCUGGUCAACCUGGAUAUGAUCAGCCGAUGACGAGCCGACGUCCCCCGCAAAGGACCGACAUUCUUCUGAACUCAAACCCAGACUUUGAAGUACCAGGUAGCCGCAGCAAGCCUGGUCCGGGAAGGGGACGCGCACCUGGUCAAUUCCAAGGCACGGGGAUGGUUCCCGGCAGUGCUUAUCCUGGUGGCGCUCUUUAAAUGCUUCUUGGAGGUAGAAACUCCUUCACCGAAAGCUAUGAAUCUUUUGAGCGUCAUUC